UAUUUUAGGAAAAAAUUGUUUUUAAUAAUACUAAAAUUGUUUGUUCCUAAAAUGUUUUGGCUGUAGAUGGCAGCAUUGUAUUUAUUCGGCACAUUCUCUUUAGUAAUAUGAACAGCUGUCUUUGACAAGAACGCGUUUUGUUUUGGCUGUGAAAUUAAAAUCAUUUAACAAAUUAUAUAAAUCAUGGCGAGUUCAAUCAUCCUCGCAGGUCUUGGUGCCGCUGCCAUUGGUUUUGCUGGAAAACAUAUAUUACGCCGUGUGCCUGGUAUGACUACCAAGUUAACUGAAGCUGUUAAAAGCCUACAAAACUUUGAAGGAGGUUUUGCGAAUUCUAAAUAUUAUAAAGGCGGUUUCGAUCCAAAAAUGAACAAGCGUGAGGCAUCUCUUAUAUUAGGCGUUAGUCCAUCGGCUCCUAAACUAAAGAUAAAGGAUGCUCAUAAAAGAAUUAUGUUGCUCAAUCAUCCAGAUCGUGGUGGUUCUCCAUACUUGGCAGCUAAAAUAAAUGAAGCCAAGGAUUUAAUGGAUAAAGCGAAAUGAAUGUUACUAAAUUUUUUAAUUACGAAAACAUACUAAAAUUACUAUUAGUUAGGAUAUAUUAAGUCAGCAUAAGACAGUACGCAUGGAUUGAGUAUGCAGGAACACAUAUUUUAAUAAAUAAAUCAUGAGUUAUAACAAUAAA